AUGGUGGUCGGCUAUGAAGAACUCCGUAAGAGAAGGAUGGAGGAGAACAAGAGAAGGAUGGAAGAGCUUCAUCUUCAUCAGCUCACUCAAGCUCUUAAACCCACCAAACCCCCUCCGAUGAAGCCUACACAGCCCCCCAAAAUUGGGGCAGAAAUGGCGGAGAUCAGAAGGUCAAACCGCGUUGCAAACUUACCUGCCCGUGUGUACAAGCCUGCCCGUGUUUACAAACAAAUUGUAGCCCGAGGUUCUUCAAGCAAGUCUUCAAGAUCACCUGCCAUGACUAAAGCUGUGGAGGUCCGGUUAAGCCUAGGAACGGAGCAUCCAAGCUUUAUAAAGAUGCUGAAAGGACGACAGGCAUGUUCGAAUGCGAUGGCUUUUCCACCGUGGUUUGGGAAGUUAUGUUUACCGAAAGCUAAUUCUGAAAUGAUGAUUGAAGAUGAAAACGGGGAGAUUCAUCAUGUCAAAUACCUUGCUAAGAUUUGCAGGCUUAGGGCAGGAUGGAACAAGUUUAAAUUUGGGCAUAACUUGCUUGCUGGAGAUGUUUUGGUUUAUAUAGUUAGGGCGAAUGAUCUGAAGAAAGCAGAUGAUCUUAUUACGCGUUUAAAUUUGGAGGCGCGGAAUAAACAAAUGACUUCAGAAACCAAUACGCGAUCUCCUACACGAAAGAAAACCAAGCGUGCAAAGCCACUCUCAUCAUCACAGAUCAUUAGCCAAAUCAUCGAACAAUUGGGAAACAAUAGUGAAGCGUUUAGUUCAGAAGUUCUAGGAGGUUUCAGACCCUUUAAACCGGACCUUCCAUCUCAAGAACUCGAUGUCUACAAAGGAGUGUACGUUGACUCCGAGCUUUCAGAUGAUGUCGGAAUGAUUGGUGAAACUGUGAAUAUUUGCAAAUGA